UUUUAAGUUGUGAGAGAGAGAUUUUCUCUCUCGUGUAUGUAUGUAUUGAAAAAGUUUGAAUGAAUUAGAAUGGGAUGUGCGUGUUAAAUUUGGCGCUCAUAACCUAUAUUCAGUAAGUGUACGGCUACACGGUAUGUACCUGCGUUUGUCAAAAAGUUAUGUGCUUUAUUCAACGAUAAUCGAGGUUGAGUGCACAUACCUUCUAAAUAUAUUCUUUGUAUACUUGUAGUUUAUAAUACUUUCAUGUGAUCUAUGGAUUAGGCAUCCCUUUUAAUAUACCUAUAUUGUAUGACAUUUGUGUCUGUGAUAACAAAAACACGUGGUCUACACAUAGUUCAUACAUUUUUUAAAAAUUUGUAUAAAUACGUGAUGAUAAUUAAUGUGCAAAGAUUAUAAUUAUGGUGCGUGGAAAAAGACCGAUUCGAGGUGGAAAACGAAAAUUCAACCAGCACGAUAGUCGACCAAAACCAAAGAAAGGCAAGUUUAACCUAAAAGAAGCUUCAUACGUUAAAGAGCGCGAUGUCAAAAACAAGGAAAUUGAAAAGCGCAGACAGAUGUUGGAAAAAGAGAAAUUAAGACAAGAGGAAUUGGUAACAGAUAGUUCUGACGAAGAACAGACAAAUCCUUUGCAAGAUUUACUUUCCACGUUUUCAAACGUUCGCUCUUUGCGGAAAAAUGCUGUAGAGUCUAAUUCUGAAAGCGACACAUCCGAUGAUGAAAAUGAUGCUACAGAACAUAAGAAUAGUACCGAGAAUGUGGCAGUGAAUUCUGAUGAUGAGACAAGGAUAUCCAAUCACAGCGAAAAUGAAGAGAUUCAAGUUAAAGAAAUGGACGAAGAAGAUCCUGAAACUGCAAGAGAAGAUGCUGGGUAUCUUAAAGAUCCAUUUUCCAUUCAUCUUCGAGACGACUUAAGCAAUAAACUUUAUGAGGCAGUUUCUACCAUCCCUCAGAUUGUAGAGAAACAGAACAUAACAUGGCCUGUUCUAAGAAAUCUCAUUUGUGAAAUUCCUAAAGCACAACAGGAUGAAGAUCAUAUAAAACAAAGAUCCAAAGUUUCUGUUUUGGAGGAUAAACAAUAUGCACAAUGUGGUAGAAUACCUUCUUUAAUUAAAACAGUAGAUUGGAGUAAACUAUACAUAAAAGCGCAAAUUCAAGGCAAUGUCACAAGAGCUAAUUAUUCAAAUGUAAAAGAUAAUGUUGAUACAAAUCCAUCGCCUCUCACUCCUUUGCAAAAAGAAUUGUUUUCAGUGAUAAAUAAUUACCAAGAUUUAUAUUAUCCUGAAAGAACAUUCUCUAACGCGGAUCAAAUAAGAUUCGUAUAUUGCUUGCAUGCAAUUAAUCAUGCGUUAAAAACUAGAACAAAAGUGUUACAUCAUAAUGCAAAAAUAGCAAAAACAAAGUGUACAAAUAUGGCAGAGGUCCCUGACGAAUACAGAGAUCAAGGUUUAGUUAGGCCAAAAAUUUUGAUAAUAGUACCCUUCAGACAUUCUUGCUUAAAAAUUGUUGAACUACUGAUAGCCAUUUUAAUCGGAGAAGAUAAAGGUGGCUCCGUAAUGAAUAAGAAGAGAUUCAUGGACGAUUUUAGUGGUAAUGAAAUAGCGAUGCCUAAGAAAAAUCCCAAACCAGAAGACUACGAGUUAACAUUUCAAGGAAACACAGAUGACACCUUCAAAAUUGGAAUCUCUAUCACAAAAAAGACUUUAAAAUUGUAUUCUGAAUUUUAUUCUUCCGACAUUAUAAUCUCCUCUCUGUUAGGCUUAAGAAUGUUAGUAGGAGCAGAAGGUGAAGCAGAGAGGGAUUAUGAUUUUUUAGCAUCGAUCGAAUUAUUGAUCAUGGACCAAGCAGAAUUAUUUGUAAUGCAAAACUGGGAUCACAUGGUUCAUGUUCUGAAUCAUUUACAUUUGCAGCCAAAAGAUUCUCAUAAAACAGAUUUCUCUAGAGUAAGAAGCUGGUGUGUAAACGGAUGGACUAAAUAUUACAGACAAACUUUAAUAUUCUCGGGCAUCCAUAUCCCUGAAAUCUACGGAGUAUUCAACAAAAGGUGCCACAACUAUGCAGGAAAAAUCAAAGUAAUGAAUCCUGUUUCUCUUGGGUCUAUUUGCCAGGUGGUUGUACAAGUGCCGCAAGUGUUUCACAGGUUCGAAUGUAUUAGUCAUAUUCAAGCCUUGGAGCAGAGAAUGGAAUUCUUUACAGCAAGAAUACUACCUCAGUAUAAGGACAGAAUCAUGAAUCAUACGUUAGUCUUUGUGCCAUCUUACUUCGAUUUUGUAAAGCUGCGAAAUUAUUUUAAAAAUGAGGAAUACAAUUUCGUACAAAUCUGCGAGUACACCAAGGACUCGAAAGUAGCGAGGGCGAGAGACAUGUUCUAUCACAGUGACGCUCAUUUUCUGUUAUACUCGGAAAGAUUUCAUUUCUUUCGUAGAAUAAGAGUAAAGGGUAUAAGACACAUUCUAUUUUAUGCACCGCCCACGUUCCCCGAGUUCUACAAUGAAAUCUGUAAUCUGAUGCAAACAUUCUAUCAAAAUCCGCGAGCGGGUUCCGACAGUAACAUGACCGUGACCGUUUUAUAUUGUAAAUACGAUAUUAUGCAACUUUCUGCGAUUGUGGGGACAGAGAGAGCAAAGAAGAUGCUCGGAUCAGAGAAAUCUGUUCAUAUGCUCAUGACCGGCGAAUGAGAGAGAUCGCAGGAUUAUCAAGGAACAAUGUAUUUUAUACAAUUAAUGUAAAUGUUUCAGGCUUGGUACAUUAAACGGCUAGAAUUUGUACUAUCAGUAACAAUAAGGUGUCUGUUCAUAUAUAUCGUUUUGUUCAAAUUUCUUUAUUAUGUAGUUAGAAAAUUACUUGAAAUAAUUACAACUUCGAUUACACUUCUCCGAAACGAUUUUAUCUGUUACUUAUCGCCUUAUCGAACAUAUCGGUACGCAGUAUCAAAACUAAAAUUCUCGCGCGUGUUCUGAAAAGGUGAUCCGAGCUCGAGUGGACGAUCGAAAUCAUCGCGUUUAGUACUCGUUCCAUGCAGAAUGUUACAAAUCGUGUAGCACGACAUAAACAUCGAAUAAAUGUACAAUCCUGGAUCCAUUCAAA